UUUUAUCUUCAUUCAACUGUCACUUUUGUCAGCCAUUUUAGUCUGUAGUUCAAAGUUGAUUCAUAGUGAGCAACAAAAGGAUGAGUCAGGUUCUGGAUUUCUUCUUAGGAUACUCUUUACCUAGAAUAUCAAAUUUCCACAAUGGUUGUAAAAAAUUUCAAGAUUUGCGAAAAAUUAGACUGCGUUUGUCGUAUGGGAAAUGUUCUGCAGUUCAAGAAUGUAAAAAGAUUCAAUUUUUACAGCAAGCUUUAAAUUUGGAGCUAGCCGAUUAUGCUGAUUUGCAUUCAAUUCGAGAGGAGUUAAUUUCAGCUGAAUCUUGUGAUGGGAGAGAUUCCGAUAUCUUACCUCAUGUGCAAACCCUUAGAAACUUUCCGGAGGAGGAGUUAUUUGGAAAAGUUGUCAUGGUCAGAUUGGAUUUGACCAUCCUUCUAAGGGAGCAGAAGAAACAGCAGUCUCCAGCAGCUCGUGUGGUUUCAACCAUCAAGUAUCUAUACAAAGCUGGGGCAAAAUUGAUUCUGAUAAGUAGCUGGAGUCUGAGAGCUGACUCGCAGCUUCUCAAAUUGGAGUAUGUUGCAGAAUUUCUAUCGUCAGAACUUGAACUAAAAGUCAUACCAGUGGAGCUUGGUUCUGGUUUUGAGCAGUCCCUGAUGGAAGACAGACAUAAAUCUGACAUCCUUCUUCUUGAGAACCUUUCUCAGUUUAAGCAGGAGCAAGCCAAUUGUUCGGAGUUUGCACGACGCCUAUCAUCUGGUGUGGAUAUCUUUGUUAAUGAUGCAUUUUUUCAAUCACAUAAGAUUCUUGCGUCAAAUGUUGGUAUUACCGGAUUCUGCUAUGCGUCCAUUGCGGGAUUUCACUUUGACGAGGGAAUGUCUCAACUGAAGAAGAUAAUCGAGAUGAAUAAAAGGCCCUAUUUUGCAAUAGUCGGUGGAGCUAAUCUCGCUGGGAAAGCAGCAGCCUUGCAAUUUUUGGCAUCUAGAUGUGACGGCUUAGUGUUUGUUGGAGAUGCUGCAUUUCAAAUAAUGCAUGCUUUUGGAUUACCUGUUCCUAUGGAUUUGGUGGAACAAGAAUCACUAGAGGCAGCCCAUGUGCUAGUUGAGGCUGCAAAGGCAAGAGGAGUAAAAAUCAUAGUACCAAAAGACUUUUGGUGCCUCAAUAAUUACUAUCCGUCGCAGAUGAAGAUUUUUCCUGCUAAUCAUAUCAUGGAUGGAUGGAAACCUGUAGAUGUUGGACCUAACACAUUGGAGGGAAUGAUGUCCGUGCUUUCAAGAUGCAAGAAAAUUUUGUGGAUUGGAGCUUUAAAGUUCAGCUCAUCACAACAAGAAUCUGUUGGAGCAUCCAAAUUAGCUGUGAUGCUUUAUAAUCUUAGUAAAAUGAACUGUGAUCUUAUCAUGGUCGGCAAACAGGCAUGUGAGACAUUUGUUGGGAAAUCAAGCCAUGUAACAGCUGAUAUGAUUGAAAACGCUUCCAUUGUCUGGGAGUUUCUGAAAGGGAGAAAGCUUCAUGGGCUCUUGGCACUAGAUAGAUCAUACCCAUUUGAGUUGAAUUGGGAUGCUAUAUAUGCCAAUACGACCCUACCUCUUGUUGUUGACGUAGGAAGUGGCAACGGCUUAUUUCUGUCCAGAAUGGCAAAGAUGAGGAAGGAUUGGAACUUUCUUGGAAUGGAGAUAAAUGAAAAGUUGGUGAGCCGUUGUCUUGAUCAUGUUUCUCAAUCUGGCAUGACAAAUGAAUACUUCAUAGCAACAAAUGCCACAUCAACAUUCCGGUACAUUGUUUCCAGUUACCCCGGUGAUCUGAUGCUUGUGUCAAUUCAGUGUCCAAAUCCAGAUUUCAAUAAAACAGAACACCGAUGGAGGAUGGUGCAGAGAUCAUUAGUUGAAGCGAUAGCAGACUUGCUGGCUUCUGAUGGGAAGGUAUUUCUCCAAUCUGAUGUAAAAGAAGUUGUAGCGAGAAUGAAAGAAGAAUUUAUGAAAUAUGGCAAAGGAAAGCUCACAGUAGUGCCUCAUUUGGAAGAUAGCACGAGUUUCCGAGAUGGUUGGUUGAAGGAAAAUCCCUUUGGCAUUCGAUCAGAUUGGGAACAACAUGUUAUAGACCGUGAAGCUCCUAUGUACAGAUUACUGCUAUUGAAAUCUUCACCUUCUGGUUGAGAUAGUUGAAACAGGGUGGAUUAUUCAACAAACAAAUUCGCUGAGGUAAAUUUCAUACUAACCUUCCAAGUUGAGUAACUUUCUGAGAGUUUCCGAGAUGGUUGGUUGAAGGAAAAUCCCUUUGGCAUUCGAUCAGAUUGGGAACAACAUGUUAUAGACCGUGAAGCUCCUAUGUACAGAUUACUGCUAUUGAAAUCUUCACCUUCUGGUUGAGAUAGUUGAAACAGGGGGGAUUAUUCAACAAACAAAUUCGCUGAGGUAAAUUUCAUACUAACCUUCCAAGUUGAGUAACUUUCUGAGAGUUUCCGAGAUGGUUGGUUGAAGGAAAAUCCCUUUGGCAUUCGAUCAGAUUGGGAACAACAUGUUAUAGACCGUGAAGCUCCUAUGUACAGAUUACUGCUAUUGAAAUCUUCAGCUUCUGGUUGAGAUAGUUGAAACAGGGUGGAUUAUUCAACAAACAAAUUCGCUGAGAUUGUCUCGGAGUUUGAACAGAGGGCAUAGAGAAAAGAAUGGGAGCUGAAAAACAGUACCAAAACUACACCAAAGUGAGAAGAGUAGGAGAUUCAUUUCACCAUCUUCAGUUAACAUGAUUGAAUUUAUUUUUGAUUCUUUCUGUUCAAACAAAAGUCGAGUUGAUCUCUCAGAUGAUCACUCAACUACUAAUUAUUAUCUCAGAAAGUCACUCUCUUUGUUGAGAAAAUUGAAAUCAAGAAAAAAAGUGACUAUCUGAGAUAAUAUGACCAUGUGAGAAAUCAAGUCGACUUUUGUUUGAAUAGAAAGAAUCAAAAAACACCUCAAGUGAAAUCGCGUCAAAAUACAGGAUUAUAGAUGUUAUACUAUGUACUAAUUAGUUGAUUUUCCCAUUCAGAGAUCAAAAUACACAACUAAGUUAGAAGUACGAAUUCAUUUUGUUAUGCCUUCUUGGUGUUGAUUGAUACUGGUCGCACCGACAAUGUUACGAUUACUUAGGCUAUCAGUAUAUUUUAACUUAUUUUACAAAGAUAAUAAAAGUUUAUUUCAUUAGUUAAAACCAUUAGAGAGAGAGAGAGAGAUACUCUUGCUUAUAUAAUUUUUAUCCAUACGUUUUGAUUGACGUUCA